AUGAAGUUCUCCGCUGUUUCUAUCGCUGCUCUCGCUGGCUUCGCUGCCGCCGAAGUCACUGUCUUCUCUACCCAGGAAGUUACCAUCACCUCUUGCGAAGACCACAAGUGCACCAAGACUACCUCUGCUCCCGUCUACCUUAACAGCACUGUCCCUACCACCAUUGCCACCAAGAACUCUACCGUCUCUCCUUCCACUAACGUCACCGUCCCCACCCAGUCUGCUCCUGCUACUGGCGCUGCCAACAUCCUUGCGGGCUCCAUUGCCGGUGCUGCCGUUAUGGUUGCUGCUGUCCUUGCUCUCUAA